AUGAGAUUUGUGCGCAAGAGCUUGGUCAUCCCAACAUGCGUGCUAACAAUCCUAAUCUAUCUCUUCCUGAAUAACCCCCCAUCCAUCUCAGAUCGGCGCAACAUUCCCACCCAGACCACCGUUUCCAUUGAGAAGCCACCACCGAACGACAACCGUGUCCACUGGCAGAGGCCGCCUGAAAAGCACCCAGUAACCUCCUUUAUCCCCCUCCCAACAGGCAAGCCUGCCAAAAUCCCCCGGAUUCAGUAUGACUUCCCUCGCGAGCGCUCCUCCGAUCGAAAGAGGCGACAGGAGAGACAGGCGGCGGUGAAGGAGGCAUUCAUACACGCGUGGGGUGGCUACAAGGAACACGCAUGGCUGAAGGAUGAGGUAGCCCCCAUUAGUGGCGGCUAUGUCAACACCUUCGCCGGGUGGGCAGCCACGUUGGUAGACGCGCUCGACACGUUGCUCAUCAUGGGACUGAAAGAUGAAUUCGAAAAGGCCGUGGCCGCGCUCGAUCAGAUCGACUUUACGACCACCGACGACAAGGACAUCAAUGUCUUCGAGACGACGAUUCGGUAUCUGGGAGGCCUCUUGGCUGCUCACGAUCUCUCCGAUGGGAAAUACCCGGUGUUGCUGAAGAAAGCCGUCGAGGUGGCGGAACUGCUCUAUGGCGCAUUCGACACCCCGAACAGGAUGCAAAUGUCUCGGUGGGAAUGGAAAAAAUCGGCUCAAGGACUUCCCAUUCGACCGGCUCGCAAUACGCUUCUGGCGGAACUCGGGUCUCUGAGCUUAGAGUUCACGCGGUUAACCCAACUGACCGGCGACCCAAAGUACUUUGACGCCAUCCAGCGGAUCACGGAUAACCUGGAACGCGCGCAGCCUAAGACCCAGAUACCCGGGUUGUGGCCCAUGGUGGUUGAUGCGGAGAAUCUGAUCUUUGAUGACAACCGCUUCACGGUGGGUGCCAUGGCCGAUUCCACUUACGAGUACCUUCCCAAGGAACAUUUACUUCUCGGUGGCCGGACGAAUCAGUACCAGCGGAUGUACGAAGCAGCGAUCGAGCCGAUCAAGAAGUACCUUUUCUACCGCCCUUUAACAAAAAAUGGUGAGGACAUCCUCAUCAGCGGCAACGUCCAUGCAUUUGGAUCGGGAACGCCCUCGCUGGAGCCACAAGCCCAGCAUCUCACCUGCUUUGUCGGCGGCAUGGUCGGAAUCGCAGCUAAGAUCUUCGAGCGGCCAGAGGAGCUGCCCAUCGCCCGGAAGCUAGUAGACGGCUGCAUUUGGGCGUACGACUCGAUGCCAACCGGUGUGAUGCCGGAGGUCUUCUAUACGGCUGUUUGCGAGGACAAGGACAACUGUACGUGGGAUGAGAAGAAGUGGCUGGCGGACGUGCGCGCUUCCGCUGUCCAUCGUGGUAGGGUCGAUUCCGACAAGGAUGAGGAUGAGUAUGCGCGGGAACUGGUGAAGCAGGCCGGAUUGCAGCCAGGAAUGACGGAAAUCAACGACGCUCGAUACAUGCUCAGACCGGAAGCGAUCGAGUCGGUGUUUAUCAUGUAUCGAAUCACGGGCGACAAGGCGCUGCAGGACGCCGCCUGGCGCAUGUUCCAAAGCAUCGAAAAGCUCGCGAGGACCAAUAUUGCGCAUGCCGGCAUUGAGGAUGUGCGCACGCUCAACACUGAGAAAUUCGACAAGAUGGAGAGUUUCUGGCUUGCAGAGACGCUCAAGUACUUCUAUCUUAUUUUCUCUGAACCCAGCCUGAUCAGUCUGGAUGAAUAUGUAUUUAAUACUGAAGCGCACCCCCUGAAGCGCCCUACGGCUUAG